AUGAAAGCACCGCAUGAUGUUCAAAGUAAAGCUUCUUGCGUCCCGCGAUCAGAAAGCGUCCGCGAGUAUCUUCGUUUGGUAAGUUGUUGCACCGUGGCCCGCCAAAAGGUCAUCCAUUACCCAACCACCGGACCAUUGCUAUCUCUAUACAGCUUUAGUUGCCCUUUCUCUUUUUUCUGUACAGGGAAGCGCUCUGGAGGCUUGUUUUCAUUUUCCCAACGGAGCUAUACAGGCUCGCAGCUCCACGCUUAUGCGAUAGAGAUGUUCAUGACCAACGAGAUCCUGCACAACGCGGAUACUGCAUGUUACAUAUAG